CUAUCCAUCGCGCGCCCGGAGCCCGAAUGGCGCACGUAAGGUCGUGUACUGUACAUAAACAGUCGUUUAUUUUUAUGAAUAACCAGCCAAUAAUUGUGAUAAUAAAGUUUUUCAUGUGAAAACAAAUUUUACCUUAUUAAAACAACAUGUCUGUAAACACGGGAAAAUAUUACCGUGACAAAUCAGAGGAUAAGAAAAAGUUUACGUCAGAUGGUGGUGUUCCAAGAGAGAAUACUGCCGAAGGCAGGUUAAAUCAAGUGAAAGAAAAUAUUAAAAUUGAUGCCCUCUAUGGCUUCCACAGAGUUACAGAUGUCAGAGAAAGAAUCGGAUUUCUAAUUAAUAUGCAUACAACAGACAUUGUUGAAGAUGACAAACAAUUGGUAACUGGUGUUGACUACUAUUUUCUUCAAGAAGACUGUACUAGGUUUAAGGUUUCUCUACCUUAUCAUCCAUACUUUUAUAUACUAUGUCGAGAUGGUUCAAACCAAGAGGUGAUAACGUUUCUUCUAAAAAAAUUCAAUGGUUUUCUGCUCAAAGUAGAAAUUGUCACUAAAGAAGAUCUUGAUUUGCCAAAUCACUUGACUGGUUUAAAAAGGGAUUUUCUAAAACUUUCUUUUACUAAUUCUGCAAACAUGACAAAAGUAAGAAGAGAUAUUAUGAGUGCAGUAAAAAGCAAUAAAGAGCGUGAAAAAAGUAAUACACAUUAUUCAAAAUUAUUAGCUGAAGCCUUCAGUCAUCAUGAGCAGGAUCGUAGAAAAAUUAUUGAUCAUAUGGAUAAUAUUAUUGAUAUUAGAGAGCAUGAUGUUCCUCACCAUGUAAGAGUUUCAAUAGAUUUAAAGAUUUUUGUUGGCAAGUGGUACUCGAUAAAAACUCGAGGAUCUCAGGAGCCACCUAUUAUUAAAGCAAAGCCUGAAAUUGUUGAGCCACCUGAACCUGUUGUUCUAGCUUAUGAUAUUGAAACAACAAAAUUGCCUCUCAAGUUUCCUGAUGCAAACACAGAUCAAAUUAUGAUGAUAUCUUACAUGUUGGAUGGACAGGGUUUCUUAAUAAAUAAUAGAGAAAUCAUAUCUGCUGAUGUAGAGGAUUUCGAAUUUACUCCUAAACCGGAGUUUGAAGGUUUUUUCACAGUUUGGAAUGAAGUAAACGAGAAGGCAGUUCUAAACAAAUUUUUCAAUCACAUCAAUGAAGUCAAGCCGCACAUAUUCGUUACCUAUAACGGCGAUUUCUUCGACUGGCCGUUCGUAGAAACGAGAGCCGAAAUUCACGGUAUGAGCAUGAAGGAUAGGAUCGGCUUCGCAAAAAAUAAAGACGGUAUAUACGCUAGCAGAGCGGCCAUGCAUUUAGAUUGCCUUUGCUGGGUAAAACGAGACUCGUACCUCCCUGUAGGUUCUCAGAGUUUGAAAGCCGUGGCUAAAGCUAAACUCAGAUACGACCCCGUUGAACUGGAUCCCGAGGAAAUGUGUAAAUUAGCCGCAGAACAACCAGAAGUCAUGUGUAGUUACUCAGUUUCGGAUGCCGUUGCAACGUACUACCUUUACCAAAAGUACGUUCAUCCGUUCAUUUUUGCCUUGUGCACCAUCAUCCCCAUGGAACCCGACGAGGUGUUAAGGAAAGGCUCCGGUACACUUUGCGAAUCUCUGUUGAUGGUCGAAGCUUAUCAAGCAAAUGUCAUCUAUCCCAACAAACAGGAGGCCGAAUUGACAAAAUUCACAACGGAUGGUCACUUGUUGGAUAUUGAGACGUAUGUCGGUGGUCACGUCGAGGCGCUCGAAUCUGGAGUUUUCAGGGCAGACAUCCCUUAUCGAUUUAAAAUCAUACCAAGUGCUGUAGAUCAGUUGAUUGCCGGGGUGGAAAACGCCUUGAAACAUGCGAUAGAGGAAGAAGAAAAGGUUCCCCUUGCAGACGUAACGAAUUUCGACGAAAUCGUCAAAGAAAUCAAAGGGAAACUCGAAUCUCUUCGCGCUCAACCAUUGCGAACGGAGAAGCCUAUAAUCUACCAUUUGGAUGUAGGCGCCAUGUACCCAAACAUCAUCCUCACAAAUCGUCUGCAGCCUUACGCGAUGGUCGACGAAUCGGUCUGCGCGGCCUGUGACUUCAAUAAGCCAGAUGCUAUGUGUCAACGCAACAUGGAGUGGAUGUGGCGAGGCGAAUAUCUCAAAGCCUCUGCUGGCGAGUAUCAGCGCACGCAGCAACAACUCGAGAUGGAAAAGUUCCCUCCUCUGAUACCUGGUGGUAAACACCGGGCUUUCCACGAGUUAAGUAAGCAAGAACAAGCGGCUAUUGAAAAGAAACGGUUAUCCGAAUACUGCAGACGAACGUACAAGAAGGUCAAAGAGACCAGGACAGAAGUACGCACACAGACCAUCUGUCAGAGAGAGAAUUCUUUCUAUGUGGACACGGUGAGGGCAUUUAGAGAUCGGAGGUACGAGUACAAAGGCAUGACAAAGAAGGCGAAAGCACAGGUGGCCCAAGCCAUUGCGAACAAUGACGCAGCAGAGAUCAAGAAGGCCAAGAGCCGUGAGGUACUCUUUGACUCUCUGCAACUGGCUCACAAGUGUAUUCUGAACUCCUUCUAUGGCUACGUCAUGCGAAAAGGUUCACGAUGGUUUAGUAUGGAGAUGGGCGGUAUUGUGUGCUACACUGGUGCGCACAUCAUUAUGAGAGCUCGAGAGAUCAUUGAACAGGUAGGCAGGCCGUUGGAACUGGAUACCGACGGUAUCUGGUGUAUAUUGCCUGGUUCCUUUCCCGAUAACUUUGUUGUGAAGCUGAAUAACCCCAAGAAGCCGAAGAUGGUCGUGUCAUAUCCUAAUGCAGUGCUGAACUUCAUGGUGAAGGAUCUGUUCACUAACGAUCAAUACCACGAACUCGUCGAUCCUGCCAAUUGCGAGUACAAGAUUCGCAGUGAGAACUCGAUCUUCUUCGAGGUCGACGGUCCGUAUCUGGCUAUGGUGCUACCUGCAGCGAAGGAAGAAGGUAAAAAACUGAAGAAGAGGUACGCCGUUUUUAAUUUUGACGGUUCGCUGGCCGAACUUAAGGGUUUCGAGGUAAAAAGAAGAGGUGAAUUGAGACUCAUCAAAAUCUUCCAGUCCUCCGUUUUCGAAGCUUUUUUAAAAGGAACAACUCUAGAGGAAUGUUACGCAUCGGUAGCCAAGGUUGCGAAUUACUGGCUAGACGUGCUGUACAGCAAGGGUAGCAGUCUACCAGAUGCUGAGCUAUUCGAUCUAAUUUCCGAAAACAAGUCGAUGUCGAAAAAGCUGGACGAGUACGGUGCACAAAAGUCAACCUCAAUAUCAACGGCUAAACGCUUAGCUGAGUUCCUCGGUGACGAGAUGGUAAAGGAUGCCGGUCUGGCCUGUCAGUACAUCAUUUCGCAGAAGCCCUUGGGUUCUCCCGUUACCGAAAGAGCCAUACCCUUAGCUAUAUUCCAAUCGGAUCCCAGUGUCGCGAGGCACUACUUGAGACGUUGGCUGAAAGACCCGAGCAUACAGGAAAUCGAUAUCCGCGAGAUCCUUGACUGGAAGUACUAUAUCGAACGUUUGGGUAGUGCUAUUCAAAAGAUUAUCACUAUCCCGGCUGCGUUGCAGGGUGUGUCAAAUCCGGUACCACGAGUUCAACAUCCAGACUGGCUGCACAAGAAGAUGUUGGAAAAGACUGAUGGCCGAAAGCAACGGAAGAUCACAGACAUUUUCCAAGUCGACGAGAAUUAUAAAGCCAAUCAAAACAACGAAGAUAGUGAUACCGGGUCGGAUUCGGAUGGCGAUAAAACAGCCGAUUCCGUACCCGAUAUGGAAGACUUCGGUAAUGAGGGAGGCUCUAACAAGCACAGAGGUGUGGUAGCAACUGUUACAAAAAGAAAAAGGGCAUUUUCGGAUGAUGAUGAGGAAGAAGCUCCCAAAGAGAAUACCUUACUCACGGACAACUGGAGAAAGGUUUUGGGCAAUCCUCCACCAAUGGGUGAAACUGCGGAGGAGUUAAGAGCCUGGCUAGAGUUUCACAAAGAAAAGUGGAAGUAUCAGGCAAAGCAAAGAGCAGAGAGAAAGAAACAAUGCGCUACCAAACGUAAGAAGUUUGACAACAAUCCGCACACUGCUGGCCAUGCGAGGCCUCACAAAAAUCCUACUUCGAAUUUGUUAGGUGGAUUUCUACAACGCGCUCAACAAAAACUACUGGAAACCCCGUGGCAAAUUAUUCAAAUAUACGAGACAAACGAACCAGGACUCUUCCGAAUGUGGAUAUUGGUCGAUAAAGAACUUCAUCACAUUCGACUGACCGUCCCAAGAAUAUUUUAUGUCAAUAUUCGGACUGAGCGAAAAGAGUCUGAAGCUAGUUUGUGGAAGAAAUGCCAUAAAACGCUACCACGUUCUCGUCCUGUACAUCACUUAUAUCGAUAUUCAGUACCUGAGCAGUACUUCAAGACGCAUAGCCAAACUUUAAUGAAUGACUUGAUAGAUCCAGAUAUCGAAGGAAUAUACGAAACACAAUUGUCUCUAGAAUUUCGUGCAAUAUUGCAACUUGGUUGCGUAUGUACCGUUGACAAACAAGCAGCUCAAUAUUUGAGAGAUGGUUCUGAUAAUUUUCAUUUGGAUCAAUUAGUUUAUAGAAGUAUUGCUUCUCAACCUUAUCUGCGAAAUGUCAAAGAAAUUAAUAAAAUAUUCCUUUACCACCAUUGGUCUGCCAGUAGCAAUUAUCGAAGAGCCAUGUGGAGUUUGUUUUUGACAGCGACCAAAACGUGUUAUAUUUUUGUAUUGGAUACAGUGAGAACAGAUCGUAUGCCUAAUAUGAAUACACUUUACUCUACUGAGAAAAUCAAAGCAAUCGAAAUGAACGAAAUUGAACGCGUGGAUUCGAUACCAGAAUCAAUGACAUUCCACGUAAAAGUAGAAACGGACGUUAAAGUUAUAUACACGCAACUACAAAAUGCUUUAAAAAAUUAUAAGAAUGAAGCUAGAGGUGGAACGAUACUCAUACUCCAGACCCCUAUAGCAACAUCGACCUUGAUAAACAAAAUGCCAUAUUUGAACGAAUUCCCACUUAUCAAAGCUCAUAUACAAGAUUUGGAUAAUCUGUAUGAUACUUUAGACUGGCAAAGGACUGGAUCCAAAAUGCUACUUCGGCAUUAUUUUAAAAGUGAAGAUGUGCUCAAGCAAUUAGUCGAACAAGCUCGUUACUUUUACGCCCCUGUGGGGAAUUUACCACCUGAUGUUGUUAUAUUUGGGGCUGAUUUGUUCUAUGCUCGGCAUUUACAGAAAGCUAAUUUUGUUCUAUGGUGGUCACCAACCGAGAAGCCAGACUUUGGAGGAAGUGAAAAUGACGACAGCAGGCUGUUGACGGACUUUGAAGAAAGUUCGGGUUGUUUAAAGAAUAAUCCUGGCGUUUAUUCUAACGUUUGUUUUGAACUAGAUGUCAUAAGUUUAGCUGUUACUGCAUUAGUUCAAGCAAAUCACAUCAAUGAUAUAGACGGUACAAGUUCUUAUGUAGCUUUUCAUAACGCUCAACAAACGUCAUUACAGGACAUGGUCACGAACGAUGGAUCAGCACCUUCGAUACCUUCUUACGAUGAAACUGCAUUGUGUGGACCAGCAUUCCGAAUUUUAAGACUGAUGGUUGCAACUUGGUUAAAAGAAGUGAGCAACUUUAAAAAUCCAUUUGCCGACUUCUUACUCAUUCAUUUUUAUAGAUGGUUACGUUCUCCUACAUCUUUUCUCUACGAUCCUGCCCUGCGACGUACUUUACACAAUUAUUCGAAAAAAUUGUUUGUACAGUUGGUGUCAGAACUUCAAAGAUUAGGUGCGACGAUAAUAUUUGCGGAUUUCACAAAAAUUAUUUUAUGUACAAAAAAAAGAGUGACAGAAGAUGCAUAUGGCUAUACGCAAUUCAUCAUACAGUCAAUAUUAAACAAAGAGAUCUUUCAUAGUAUUCAUUUUGAUGUUCGAAAUUGCUGGGAAUAUCUCAUAUGGUUGGAUCUAUCUAAUCAUGCUGGAGUGAAAAAAUGCUUGCAAAAUGAAGGAAAUACUCAAGAAUCCGAGGAAGGUGACAAGAUAGAAUUUAUCAUGAACUGGAGUAUGAUAGAUUACAUACCCAUAGAGAUAUGUCAGGCUACUUUUACAAAAACGAUUUCUGCCUAUUUUGGUAAUAUUUAUACAGAAAUGCAAACUAAAUCGCCAGAGGCAAUAACUGAAUUUGCUCGAAAUCUUGUAUCAGGUGACAUGUCACAAAAGCUUUUCCAGUAUAUUCAAUCUAUCCAUAAAAAAUUUCCAGAAAAAGUUUUAACUGUAGAAGAGUAUCCACACUUGGAUUUUGAAAAUAAUUCUACAAAAAUAACUAUAAAUCCUGCUUUAGAAUUAUCGAAAGCUAUAUGCAAAGUUUUAUCUUUAGAUUCUCAAAUAGAGCAGGAAGUUGAAAAUUUACAUAAAAAUUUAUUAAGGCUUAUAGAUGUUGGAGCUUUUAGUGAUAAAGCUGAAUGGAAAGAUCCUUGCAUAUCAUUUAUUCUGCCAGAAGUAUUAUGUGAAAAUUGCAAUCAUGUGAGGGACAUCGAUCUAUGCAAAGAUACUUUUCAGGACAUUGAAGAUAACAAACAUGUCUGGAAAUGCCCUAACUGCGAAUUGGUAUACGACAAUAAUCAGAUAGAGUUUUCUCUCCUAGAUACUUUAAAUCGAAAAAGUAUGGCCUAUAUUAUUCAAGAUGUACAGUGUUUGAAAUGUUCCGAAGUUAAACAAGAUAAUAUAGCCGCUCGUUGUUCGUGUUCAGGCUUCUUCAAAACUUUAUUACCAAGAGACAAAUUUGUAAGGACAUUAAAGAUAUUCCGAAUGAUAUCUACAAAGUGUCAGAUGCCUAUUUUAGCUGAGAGUGUUCAAUUCAUGCUGACAAAUGUAAAAUAACUAUAUAAUUCGUUGAUAAGUUAAUUAUUUUUGUAUAAAUUAUAUAAAUUAGGAAUGUAGGAUAAAAAAUAGAUUAAAAUCAAUCACUUUUAACCUUAA